CAGAGGGCGGGAAUGUGACCGUAGCGUGCAGGCCCCAGGCAGCCCCGCGGGCAGACAUCGCAUGGUUAAAAAAUGGUGUUCAAGUGGGUCGUGUGCUCCCUAGCGGGGCUCUAGAGUUAACAUCACUGUCUCAGUCUGACUCAGGCACCUACACUUGUGUGGCUACCAAUGACCUGGGUGAGGCACGGUCCAGCUGCUUGCUCACUGUACAAGGUUGGUUCAAGACCAUAUCAAUCAUUAUCAGUAUAUUAUCUUAAGUAAAUAGUUCCAAAAAAAAAAAAUUUUUCUUCAGAAAUACAAUAUUUGUUAACUCAAAGAGGAUAAAUUGAUUAGAAUUUAGAAUAAAGAAAGUAGUAAAUUUAUCAUUAUGUUUAUUUUUUUUUGUACGUCAUUAUUAUCAUGAUAAUGGCAUCCCUCUGGGGCUUGAAAUUUUCCUUUUGUGAUUCUUCUCAUUAUUUUAUAGAGUAAUUUUUUUUUAUAUUUUUUUUAACUGAACGUUCAAUGUAUGCUGAUUAUAACUUGAAAGCAGUAAACAAAUCUGCAGUGUGUUCAAAUAAGAUACAGACAUAUUCCAUCUUUGAAAACAAAUACUUAAAUUACCGUUCUAGGAAAGACAGUGUUUGCUGAUAGGCCAACAGAUUUAGAAGUUGAGCAAAACUCUACAGCAGUCUUACCUUGCAAGGCUUCUUAUGACAGAAAUAAGAUGGAAGUGACAUAUUCAUGGCUGUUGUACUCUCACGCCAUUGAUUUCAGCCUCAGCGGAUUUGAAAGGGCUCAUUACUCUAUGGUGAGUGGCAAACUCAUAAAAGGCUCUAUCAAAUUACAUUUUGAACAGUUGUCACAAAUAGUCACAAUUAUUAUUAUGGUUUUGUAAUAGUUUCAAUUUAAUUUAACAUUUUACAUUAAGCAGAUUAUUUCCCUUAAUUUAACUUACUAAUAAAGAUCAAUACUCGGAGGUCGAGAUUCCAUCUCUAAGGACCUCUGGCCAUGGAACAUAGCCUAGUAGUCCCUGGGGACUCCGGCCAUGCAACUCGGCCUUGAGUAACAGGGUUUUGGGCAGGUUUCUUCCACUCAUGAGGGGACAGUUUUGCAUCACAGCCCCCCUUGCCCAUUGAGUCUUUCGGUCAGGACAUUAGGGUUGGAACGACUUUGCUUACUCUCCGGAGAUGACUUGCGUUGCCACCCCCACCGCCCAGGGAGCCGUACGUUCCUUGGUGUGGCACCGUUUUCCUUCCACUCCGGGAGUAGUCACAAGCUUAACUUUCUCCCACCGUUCCUAGGAGUUGUGCGGACAUGGGUCUAAACGGUUUUACUUCCUCUCCGGGGGAGGCAUUGCAUUACCUCAACCCACCGUUCGUGAGUCACUAACAAUCAGUUGUCACUGUCAACUCAUUUCACUGACAAAAAUAAGAAAUUUCAUGUCAUGAACAGUUUUUUUUUUUUAUUUAAUUUCUGCCCAACUACUCAGCCGUUUGCCUACAACCUAGAGUCAGGAAUGUUAUACAUAAUGGCUGCCCAGUUCAGACAUGCCGGGAUGUACACCUGUGUUGUCUCUACAGUAUCAGGGUCAAUCUCAGCCAGCGCCUACGUCACAGUCAGGGGUAUGAAAUUUUAACUUAUAGAUCAAAUUCAUCUUUAUAUAACUUCAUUUCAGCUAUUCUAAAACAACCUUCCCAAUGUUUUGAUAUAAAAUAAUCAACAUUUGUAUAAUAAUAUGUUAACUUUCCAUGUACACAAUAUAAAAAGAUAUUAUUUUUCUAUCACAUUUUCUUACAUUUUGAAACAUAAAAAAUCAAACUCAGGUAUAAACAAGUAGAGUCAAUAUUUAUUUGAUUACAAAUGUCUAAAGAAAAGUACAACAAUAUUAAAAUCCUUCUCCAAAUAACAAGUGAUGUAAAUAAAUGUUACUACUUUGACUAAUGGAAUUAACUUUUAGUGCAAUAAAUAGAAAAGAAAGUCCAUUUAGAUUAUACCCACCAUCUUUCUUGAUACUUACCAGGAUGCUUUGACUGUAAAAUGUAAAAAUUUCUAUUAGACCUUCAGUUUCUGUUAUUUUACUUCUAAUCAUGGGAAUCUUCUUUAUGUCUUUUUUCAACUCCUAGUGGAGCAUAGGCCAUUAACAUUUUUUUUUCCAAACAACUUAGUAUCCAGUAAUCUUCUGUAACUCUUCUCAACACUUUCCCAUCUCUUUUACAACUUUAUCAAGGGAUAGACUGGGAGCUAUUAAAAUUGAUUUUUGUUUGUAAUUGUAUUUUGUUAAAACUGAAUUUAAUUACAUUUUCCAAAAAAUUUAAUAAUAAUUUAAUUUAUAUUAUUCAACAUUUCUAAAUAUUUCCCAUGUGACAACAUUUUUCUUAAUUCCUGUCACAAAGGUCCACCUGGUGAGCCCAUGGGUGUGCAUGUCAAACAAGCCAAUGACCUUGAACCACAAAAUUAUAAGAAUGUUGCCCUGUGGUGGCAAGAUGGAGAGGUCAAUGGUUAUCCUGUCAAUAAAUACACCAUUGAAUAUUUGUCCAUCUAUGAGGAUGAAUGGAAUUUGUUACAAGCAGGUGUGUUACUGGAUUUUCUCUUGACUACAACACUAAGGGAAAAAUAGUGCUAUUAACAUUUUUUACUCUAACUUUGUAUUUAAUACUCACCAUUUUAAUUUUUUUGGUGAUAGAUAUCAAAAAUGGAUGUCCUACAGCCUAGAGUCAGUGAAAAUGUUUUCUUUGGGUGAUCUUCUAUGAGUUAAUUUGAUCUUACUUAGUUACAUAUUUUUUAUUUUUUUUUUUGUAUGGACCUAAAUAGAGGGUUGCAAGGUGCUGGAAUGAUGUUACAUGAGUUGUUUUGUUUUUUCUAAAAUAAUUAAUGAGUGAGAGUAGGUAGACAUUGGUAGACUUCUACAGGAAUUUUCAACACAGAAUUAUAUUUCUGGCCUACAACACAUAAAACACUUGGACACUUUUGUCUGAACAGUUUAGGCCAACUGGCUGGUCUGGUGUUAGCCCACUGGUUUAAGGCUGCUGACCUCUGGUGUAUUUAUCAAUGAGCAAAGUAUUAUUUUACUCACAUUGAAUUUAAUAUGAUAGAUUCCCUAAUUAAGUUUAUUUCAUGUCAGUUGUCUUGUAGUACUGAUACUGAUUAUUUUUUAUAAUGAUAUACACAUAUUACAAUAUUUAACACUUAGACUGCUUGAUGUAGAGAAAGUUCAACAUAUAAGAUUUAAAUUAAAUUAAUGCAGAUGUUCCUGUUCAAGACACUAUAAUGGAGUUGUACCCAGCUUGGAGG